UCGGUGCUCUAGUCUGCUCCCAAAACGCACCUUUCAUCCACGUCCUAAUUAAAGGACUCUGGCCAUUUCUGCACGCUGCAAAUCCCUCACCAAUCUGAGCACAGUUGUCUGGGGGAAAUCGGAGUCUUCCUCAAGGAAGAUUCAGGCCUGGGAUCCUCGGACAAUCAAGGGCUCCGUAAAAAUAUGUGGAUGCCGGAUAAUCUAGGGGCGCUCGCCCCUCCACGUUCGAUCCCCUUCUCUCUCGGACCCAGAGCAGUGGGAAGCUAAAAGGAUGCGAAGGAGGGGAAGGGGAGAGUCCGUGCCUAGGGCGUGGCGGUGACAGCGCUCUCGGGUGAUCAACUCUUACGCGGAGGGCCACCCUGGGCAGCGGCGGGGGCUGAGGGCCGCGGACUCCCGGCGUGGGUAUCUGGGCGGCAGGGACGUCCCCGGACUAGGGCAGGGCGGGUUUCCGUUCGCCGGCCCUGUGUGGGCACACUGGGCAAUGCAGGGCCGCGCCACACUGCACACUCUCCCGUGUAGGCCGUUUAGCUCCACGCAGGUAGCCAGCGAUCGAGUCACCCCGAGUCUGCACCACCUACGGGGGUACCCCCAACUACACUCUCCGGGAGGCCCGCAGCGGCGUGAGAAUUCACUGCUCUCGCGAGAGUUUUAGAGCCCUAAACGCCGCGCCCGCGUACGCAGUUACCAAGGCAACUGGGCGGUGCCUGAGCGAGCGGGAAGGAGGUGUUCGCCGAGAUUUUGCCCGCUUGCCCGGGAGACUUCUAGAAGUGGUCGUCCCCGAACUUGGACUUCCAGCCUCAGAGCUCGCGGCAUCCACGUCUGGCGGUGCUCCUGUCCCCGAGGGCCAUGGGCCGGAUCUCCGGGCUCGUGCCCUCUCGCUUCCUGACGCUCCUGGCGCAUCUAGUGGUCGUCAUCACCUUAUUCUGGUCUCGCGACAGCAACAUCCUGGCCUGCCUGCCACUCAGGUUCACCCCCGAGGAGUAUGGGAAGCAGGACACUCAGCUGGUGGUAGCGCUCUCUGUCACCCUGGGCCUCUUUGCAGUGGAGCUGGCCGGUUUCCUCUCAGGAGUCUCCAUGUUCAACAGCACCCAGAGCCUCAUCUCCAUUGGAGCUCACUGUAGUGCGUCUGUGGCCCUUUCUUUCUUCAUAUUCGAGCGUUGGGAGUGCACGACGUACUGGUACAUUUUUGCCUUCUGCAGUGUCCUCCCAGCUGUUACUGAAAUGGCAUUAUUCGUCGCUGUAUUUGGGCUGAAAAAGAAACCUUUCUGAUCACUUUAAUGACGGGAACUUGAGGAUGAAGUCCAGAGGAGCAAGGGCCGCUUACCAUUCCUGGAAGAAGGAAGGCAUAGGCUUCCGUCCUCGCCCCUGAAACUGCUUUUGGUGGAAGAUGUCAGUGUUGGUAAAAUCAUCUCCCAAGUCUGGUAUUAUCAGCGUAGUACUUUGUCAUAAAAUGUAUUUUAUAAUAAGAUUAAGAGUUAUACAAUUUUCACGGGACAACUAGUUUGGUGAAACUACUGGAGAAAAAAGAAAGGCUGUUUUCCAGUCCUGCAGAGCUUAAGAUAGAAGGUAUCGCUUCUAUUUUGAUUAUUACGGUAAAUGCCUGGCGGAAGGCAGUGGGCGGAGAUAUGUAAAUAAAUGGGGCUUACGGCUAGGACUUCCAUCCGAAUGAGCGGAGCAUUCUGGGGGGAGUUGUUUAUCCCUUUUCCGCAGCCGAACGGAAUAAAAAAAAAUAUUUUAAAGCAACUCAAAGAUAUGCAGCAAUAUAAUUGGAAGGACUUUAAGUGGUCAGGUUGCUAGGACUAAUGCGUUCAUUAGUCACCCUAGCUUAUAGAGAUAUUUUAUAUGCUGAGUACGGAAUGCCACGGCAGGCUUGUUAUCGUCAGGUGGGAUAAUCCUUACCUGUUACUCCUUUUGGAGUGCAGAUGAGAAAAUGAUGAUUGGAGUUCGCAUGAUACGUGAUUAUACGUCUCUGCGUAAUCAGAGCCUGCAACACUCUGAUUGCUCCUAUCUGAUUCUUCCUGACGAUCCUGGUUUAUCUUUUUUCUACUGUAUGUAGAAUACUGUUGGAGUGUUAGUUUUAAACUUUGGUUGAGAAUAACUUGUAUGGUGCAGUUUAAUUGGUUUUGUUGUUUUAACGGUUUUUUGUUUCAUUUGUGAAUUCCAAUGAGUGUUUUUAGUUUAUGCUUUGCUAUUGAAUUUGUUAUCGUGGUGCCAGAAGGAUAUU